UGCACGUCGCAAAACAAGUCGAUCUCACGCUUCACGACACUACAUCAUCAUCCCACCGCAUCAUCCCGUCCUCCCGUCCCUCACUCAUUUCUUGUUUACAGAUCCACUCUACGGAGUAACUUCCCGUCCCAAUGUCACCAUCGCACACCGCGAACCUGCACUCCCGUUCGAAUGCGUCUCUAGUGCCAUUUGGUUUGCCCCCUGGACCCAGCGUCCCGCGUCGGGGGUUUGAAAGUCUAAUGUGCAUACAUACAAAGGUAGCACCACCGAUGCUGUACGGUAUGAUUCAUUACAUCAUGACCGCCAGGAUUUCGUUCAAUCUUGCGUUGUUUCCCCCUUCUGCUUGGGGACUAGGGGCAUCAUUUUCUCUCUUUCGUGGGACGGUGAUGAUGUGACGGUGCAGCAUGAGUGCGGUGCCGAUACCUUUUGUGCACUGGCAGGAGGACUUACGUGGGUAAUGUGCAUUAUGUACGAUUGAUAC